UUCGCAUCGUCCGCGGAAGUUGCGAAUAAUGGAUCUUCAGUUUACACGCCCGAUGUCGUUAGCCUGCAUAAUGGCCCACAUUGGGCAAGCAGAACGCAGGAUUCGAUGCUUGAUUGAAGGCGAAGAAGUCUUAAACGCUGGUCAUCUUGUGUGCUGCGGCAUGAAAGCGUGCACGUCGACGUCCGUCACUGUUGAAGGGCUCUGCAUACAAACUUCGCAGGUUCGAAGCAAACCACAUAAGCUGUGGUUUCAAUUUUACAGCAACGGCGUUAUCAAGGGCCACUGUACCUGCAAGGCCGGCAACUCGGCACAGUGUAAGCACAUGCUUGCAAUGUUGUUGUCUGUUCACAGGUCUGGGAUCGAAAACCUUGAGCAGCUUACCUCAACAGACUUGAAACAAGCAUGGGGAAAACUGAAAUCGAUGCCCCUUUAUGAGCCAAGGAGGACAAGAGAUCUGUGCCAUGUACAAGGUGCACCAAGACUCCAUUUAGACAGCGGGAAGCUAGACGAAAUACGUAACAAGAUGAUUGCUGUUGCUCCGAACAGCACGCUUGCACUGCACAGCAAAGGGCGGUGCUCAUUUACCCAUGACAGCGCUCAAGAACCCAGCAUGGAAAAUGCCAAACCAAAUGUAAUAAGCCCUAUAUGCAGGGUAUUGUUUCAGCACAUGGAUUUGUGCCAACAAGUGCGAACGUAUGAGGAACUUCAGUUCCAUGGUGUCGCCUUUAAAGAUGCCACCACACUGAAGAUAUACAAAGUAGCCAAAGAACACCUCGCUCCUCCUGUGUAUCGCUUUUAUUUAACGCAUACUGCCGUGACACAGGAGGAGGCAGUUGAGAUCUGUUCGAGCACAGUGAGCCAAAAUGACACCAAGUGGCACCGACAGAGGAUGCUAAGGAUUACUGGCAGCAAGUGCCACAGCUUAUACAGAUUUCUGCCGACCAAAGAAUGCACAUGGGAUCAAAAGAUCUUGAAAUACUUAACUAAAACCUUUAAGGGUAAUGAUGCCACACGCUAUGGGAAAUCGUGUGAAAGGCCAGCCACUGAAGAGUACACUAGAAAGUCUGGAAAUGAAGUAACAGCACUUGGCUUUGUCAUUAAUCCUGUCAUUCCAUGGUUAGGCUUUAGCCCAGACGGUGUUGUUUUUAAGAAUGGUCAACCUUCUGUGCUGCUGGAAGUGAAGAGCCCCGUUCGGGGAAAGCAUGCAAAAAUUUGUGAGCUCAUCAAAGAGAAGAAGCUACCAUACAUUAUUUCUGACAGAGAAAACUUCUCUCUUCGGAUAACGCACUCAUAUUUUUCGCAAGUGCAGCUUGGCCUGUUUCUUCUAAACCUCCAAGUGGCGCAUUUCAUUGUUUACAGCCAAGUGGAAUCCCUAAUGAUCUGUGUAAAAAGAGACGACCACUUUAUUGACAAUCUUGUGCGUCGAUUGCAAUAUGUUUACUUUGAGCAUUUAUUGCCGCAGCUCGCCAAAUAUGAAAAAUAAGGUCAUGGCCCUCAACCCUAUGACGACCUAAGUGACUGUACUGGUCACUUCAGCCUUGUGCAUUGUCCAAGGUCAGCUUAGACGUCUCGACUAUGCUCAUGGCUUCCCUUGACUGUUGUUUCUGCUAAAGUUGCCAUUCCUUGUUCCUUUUGAACAAGUCGCUUGCCUUGUUUUUGUCAACAAUUGCUGUCACGAGCUGAAGUAGAAGAAAAAGAACAGAGAAGAAGGAAGAGGAAGAAGGCUGACGUGGCCUACAAGGAGAGAGGUGGCAAAUGGCAGAACACCGCUAGAGGAAGAAGAAAGAAGUCGGCUAAAGCACUGGGCGAAGGCGCUGAACCAAGGACGGCUAGAUUGAAGGGUUGAGCUGGAGGAGGACACUGGUGGCUCUGCACCAGCCGGGUUCGAUCCUACACGCCUGCGGCUGUAGCAAAGGCUUGGUCCGAGGACAACGGUCCCGUCCUAUGCUAUGUGGACAACCUCACCGACGACAACGCUCGACAAGCUCGACCUAUUCUACGGAGACAGCCCUCAGCAGAGAUGCCAGUGGUGCACCGUGCAAUGCGGAGGAGCUGCACUGACUCGGACAUGUGAGCGCCACACCGCACGUGACUUAUUAGGACUUGAGAACUUGCGAGACUAUUUAAGAACUCUGGAAAGAUAUUAGUGUGAACGAGAGAGAUCAAACUCAGUGUAACCAUUGUUGCGGAUGUAUGUAAAUGUGUUGAGGACUUAUCGGUGAGAUACAUUAUGUAUGUGUUUGGUGCGUCGGUAACCGUGACACUUGCGCAGAGGUAUUCAUCUCAACACUGACUUCGGAAAAGCUGUUAUUUUUAUUUUGUGUAUGAUCUUUCUUUUGCUCAUGUAUGCUUAUGUUACUGAAAGUUUUAUGUAACACGUGCAUACUUUUUGCACUUGAAUUAUGUGUGUCCAUGAAUUAAAAUAUUUAUUGCUGCUCUA